AUGAAUUACAUUACUUCAUGUAUAACUCGUAAAAAUUCUGGUAUUGAAGAAACCAGAGCUAUUGAAAUUAUUAAAAAUGGAGAGUAUGGAUUUAUGGCAAUGAUUGAUGAUGAAAAUAAUAGUGGUUAUGGUGUACCAAUUAAUUAUGCAUUUGAUGGUGUUCAAAACCUUUAUUUUCAUGGAGGAAAUGGAAAAAAAAUUAAUAUUUUAAAGAAAAAUCCUAAAGUCUCUUUUACUAUUGUUGGGAAGACUUUGAUAGUUCCAGAACAAUUUACUGAUCACUAUGAGAGUGUAAUGUGUUUUGGAACUAUUUGUUUUGAUUUAAGCAAAGAAGAAAAAAUAAAAGGAAUGGAAUUAAUUAUUGAUAAAUAUUCUUCUGAGUAUAAAGAAAAGGGAAUGAAAAUGGUUGCUUCUGCAAUAGACAAAAUGAGUGUGUACAAAUUGGUUAUUAACUCAUUUUCAGGAAAGGUUAAUAAAUAA